ACGAGUGCUGCAUGCCAUUUAAUUUUUGUAAAUGGAAACUGUUCAAACAAAUUACAUGGUUACAAAUAACGGCAAGUGCAAUGAUGUGAAACCUUUUUCAGAUGCCAAGGAAACUGAAUCCUAGUGCAAAACAACUUGCUUGCACAAUAACAGCCAGAUUGAUGUGUUUUUCACAUUUUUGUGUGACUUAUCAAAUUAUUUCACUUUAUCUGUUGUUAGCUGCCCGUUCACAUAAAUGUUUAGGAAUGUAGGUGUUUUACUUUGAGAGAUGGCAGCAAUGUCAAGAUGAAGUCAAGCAAGCUUUGAAAUGUACACAUAUAAAUUUUAAUAGCAGGUGCAAAGCAAAAAGACACAGCUGGGUUAAAUGUAACAACACCCUGAGUUUCAUGUGGUUUUAAUAUUACAAAGUAAUUAAUUUUGCUAGUGAUGCAUCCCACCCCGUCCCUAAGGAUUAUCUUUUAAAUCAUGGGCAAUGUAGGAUCAUUGUAAAUUUCAUAGAGACAAAAAGAUUAUUUUUUUAUUAUCUAUGGAAAGAGUAGCACUGCCACAGGGUACAGGAAUCAAAUCUAGGACAGGAAUUCUUGAGGCAUGCCAUCACAAAGCCAAGUUCAAAUUGCCUCAUCUCUUGCAAGUGGGACAGUCGAAAUAUGACACGAUUAAGAGUACUGCUACACCAGAUUGCUUUUAACUCCACCAAAUUUUCCAAACUACAUGACAAAAGUUGUGUAACAGACUUUUCUUGCAUAAUUUUACGUAUAUGGCCCCUCCUAAAAUAUUACUGGCAGUGAGCAGUGGUUUAUGAGGGAAUGGUUCACCAUGUUACUCCAGUCAGUUAACAGUAGAUACAAAGUCCCACAAUAUCCUUCUUGCGUCACAUUGUGGAAGUAAAAGGGGUUGCAAAAGAUAAAUUGAAGAUGAAUGUUUUUGCCUAGUUCACUGAACCAUGGAGGAUGUUUAAGUUCAGACAAAGUGGCUUAUAUGGGUCAAGGGUGAAUCUGGCCUCAGUGUUAUGCCGCACAGACUUCAAAGUAACCACACAUACUGUUUGAGCUUUGAUGUCAACACCAAAUCCAGUGGUGCCUAUUGCUAGUUUAAAGUAAAAUUAAUGGCAUUUCUAAACCAUGUUAAACCCUUGGGAAAUUACUAUGUAGUUUAGGAUUCUGUGCAGGAAACUCUUCCUUGCAGUCACAUGGGAAGCAUCCCACAAGGACUCCCAAGCUUGAAUUCGGAAAGCGUACUAACAUAAUAUUCUUACCAUUUCAUCAGGAUACAGUAUGUAUAAUAUGAAGUCAUGUGAUAAUGUAGCAUACUGCUGUUUAGAAGUCUCAUUCUUACAUAAUGCAUACUGUUUCAAAUACUGUUUUAGUAUUCAGUAAGUGGCAAGUUAGUAUUCUAUUUCAAACACAACUACUUACAUUCAGCUUGGUAUUUGAUGGUAUAUUUUUAUUGUGUUUGAUGAAGUCAAGGCAAUAAGACAGUGAAACCAUGAUUUGUCACUUUAAUUCUUGACCUCUUAUCCUUUACAUUCUUGUCUUUUCAAAUAUCACCUAAAUGCCCAUGACCAAACAUUCAAAAGGUAGAAUCUUGUCUUUGUACAUCCCCUUCCCAUAUAAGACAUGGGGUAGGACUUGUUGGUACAGGUAUGUGAUGUUAUUCAAUACUUUGUUUGCAAACCGACAACAUUGUUGAAGUUCACCCCCAGCAGUUCUCUGCAUUUCAAAAAGGGAGAGGGGAAAACAACUCAAUGGGACCGGGAAGGCCGCAGGAGUCUUUCAACAAGAUGCUGAUAUCGAGCCUGGUACUACUGAUGGUGGUGUUUGCCAAAUGGGUUGAGCCAUAUAUUGCACAAUACCGGGAUGUGGACCAAGACACAUAUGAGCACAGAGAAAACCAGAGAUCCCCAGAAUACUACAGAGAUGGCAGUGGAACAGAGUGCAGGCGGUGCUGUGACCCUGCAGAGGAGGCCCCACAGUAUGCCAGUCCAUACCCACAAUACAAUAUUGUGCCACAGAUAAACAUCACCAUCCUAAAAGGGGAGAAGGGAGACACUGGCGAGCGAGGACCUUAUGGGAAAAUGGGCAAGUCUGGGCAAAGUGGACCACGAGGCUCCCACGGUGUGAAGGGAAACAAGGGCAGCAUUGGUGCUCCCGGAGAACCCUGUAAGUCCUACUAUGCUGCUUUCUCCGUGGGUCGCAAGAAGGCGCUACACAGUAACGAUUACUACCAAACCAUGAUCUUUGACACAGAGUUUGUCAACUUGUACGGGCACUUCAAUAUGUUCACGGGCAAGUUCUUUUGCUACGUCCCCGGCAUCUAUUUCUUCAGCCUGAACGCGCACACUUGGAACCAAAAGGAAACGUACCUGCAUCUAAUGAAGAACGAGCAGGAGAUGGCCAUCUUGUACGCUCAGCCCAGCGAUCGCUCCAUCAUGCAGAGCCAGAGCCUCAUGCUGGAGCUGGAGAGGGACGACCAGGUGUGGAUUCGGCUCUAUAAGGGCGAGAGAGAGAACGCGGUGUUCAGUGAUGACUUUGACACCUACGUCACAUUUAGUGGUUACCUUGUUAAAGCAAAGUCAGAGGGUUAAGCAGAAACAAUAUAUGGACAGCAGGGAAUUAUGUAACAGUGUCUAUUAAAUGAGAUGUAAUUUCUUGUUAUUUUGUCUUGUCUUGUAAUAUAUUUUUAACAGUUUUACAUGGUACUUCAGGAGGAACCUUGGUUCAUCUUUAUGAUCCAGUACUGGAGUGUCCUGUGUGUCUGACCAUCUUUAACUUUGUUACAGAGGCUGGUGCUAUUUGACAAACAUCGUAGAGGUUAUUGUGCUAGUAAUAUUAAAAACAAUACAAAUCUAUGUCUACAAUCUAAAAAAAAUUAAUAAAUAAUGUCAGUAUCAUAUAAAUACAUAUAAAGACAACAAUGUCAUAUUUUAAUAGAGAUUUUGCACAACAUCUACGGGUGCCUUUUUCAUGUGUAGAUAUAUCAGUAAUCAUUUAUCAGAUUACUUGAAAUGAUUGUAUUAUAUCUAUUAUAAUAUAUCUGUCUAUAAAUCAGUAUUAAAUUGGUUGUAGAAAAUUAUAAUUUAGGAUUAAUUCAAGAAAUAAUGCAAUUUCAGUUCAACAUUUGAACAUUUCAUCAUUUCAGAAGUUUAAUGCCAAAUAGUUUCUUUCAUUAUAAAACAAAAAACAAACUAAACUAAGCUAAACAGUGAUCUAUAGGUGCAUCUCAAUAAAUUAGAAUGUUGUGGAAAAGUUGAUUUAUUUCAGUAAUUUAACUCAAAUUGUGAAACUCGUGUAUUAAAUAAAUUCAGUGCACACAGACUGAAGUAGUUUAAGUCUUUGGUUCUUUUAAUUGUGAUGAUUUAGGCUCACAUUUAACAAAAACCCACCAAUUCACUAUUUCAACAAAUUAGAAUACUUCAUAAGUGAAUUGACUUCAUUUUUAGUGAAUUGUUGGCCUUCUUGAAAGUAUGUUCAUUUACUGUAUAUGUACUCAAUACUUGGUAGGGGCUCCUUUUGCUUUAAUUACUGCCUCAAUUCGGCGUGGCAUGGAGGUGAUCAGUCUGUGGCACUGCUGAGGUGGUAUGGAAGCCCAGGUUUCUUUGACAGUGGCCUUCAGCUCAUCUGCAGUGUUGGGUCUGGUGUCUCUCAUUUUCCUCUUGACAAUACCCCAUAGAUUCUCUAUGGGGUUCAGGUCAGGCGAGUUUGCUGGCCAAUCAAGAACAGUAACACUAUGGUCAUUGAACCAGCUUUUGGUACCUUUGGCAGUGUGGGCAGGUGCCAAAUCCUGCUGGAAAAUGAAAUCAGCAUCUUUACAAAGCUUGUCAACAGAAGGAAGCAUGAAGUGCUCUAAAAUUUCCUGGUAGAUGGCUGCGUUGACUGUGGACUUCAGAAAACACAGUGGACCAACACCAGCAGAUGACAUGGCAGCCCAAAUCAUCACAGACUGUGGAAACUUCACAAGCAACAUGGAUUCUGUGCCUCUCCACUCUUCCUACAGACUCUGGGACCUUGAUUUCCAAAUGAAAUGCAAAAUUUACUUUCAUCUGAAAAGAGGACUUUGGACCACUGAGCAACAGUCCAGUUCUUUUUCUCCACAGCCCAGGUAAGACGCUUCUGACGUUGUCUCUGCUUCAGAAGUGGCUUGGUAGCCCUUUUCCUGAAGACGUCUGAGCGUGGUGACUCUUGAUGCACUGACUCCAGCUUCAGUUCUCUCCUUGUGAAGCUCUCCCAAGUGUUUGAAUCGGCUUUGCUUGACUGUAUUCUCAAGCUUGCGGUCAUCCCUGUUGCUUGUGCACCUUUUCCUACCCAAAUUAUUCCUUCCAGUCAACUUUGCAUUUAAUAUGCUUUGAUACAGCACUCUGUAAACAGCCACACCUUUCAGUAAUGACCUUCUGUGACUUACCCUCUUUGUGGAGGGCGUCAAUGUUCGUCUUCUGGAUCAUUGCCAAGUCAGCAGUCUUCCCCAUUAUUGUGGUUUCAAAGAACAAGAGAUACCCGGAAUUUAUACUGUAGGGAUGGUCAUUUAUUCAAACUCAAAUGUAAAUAUUAUAAUGUUUUGAGAUACUGAUUUUUGACUUUCAUGAGCUAUAAGCUCUAAUCAUCAAAAUUAAAACAAAAAAAACUUUUUUAAUGACAUUCUAAUUUAGUGAGAUGCACCUGUAUGUCAGAUAUUUUAGUAAAUAAAUAUUUGAUCAUUUACAGUAUUGUAGAAUGAGAAAAUGGGCAGCUUAGACACAGUCCAUGCUACAGACAUCUAGAGUAACUAUGAUUAAUAAUGAUCUCUGAAUGUACUGUAUUAUAAAUGUUACAUUUGUAUAAAUGAAUGCACCGGUAAGACUUCAUGGUCAUAUCAGCAUAUAAACAACUACGUUGUGGAUUUGAUAAGAGUUGAAUAAAUGUAUGUUUUAAAACAGCAGUAAUUGUAAGACUAAAAAAAAUCUGUUCCUGUUUUGCACAAGGUCUCUAAAAUAAAAAAUAUAUAUAUUAGCACUUAACAAAAGCUCAUUAUUUUGAAAGUUUUCGAAAGAACCAGGUUACUGUGGUCAACAGCAAGUUUCUAUAAAAAGACUAACAGGGGCUUCAGCAGGAAGCACAUUUAUUAUUAUUGUUAAUUUGUAAAUGUUGUGUUCAUUGUCAAUUUUGUCAGACAGUCAAAUUGGUGACCUGCAGGUCACUGUUUAUUAAAUGUUAAAAAGCUUCAAUAAAUGAGUGGUGCUGUAAAACAAGUUCAUUUAUUUCAAUAAACAAUCUUUUUAGACUA